AUGGCGUCAAUCAACACACCUGAAGGCGUUCUCUCAAGGUCCCUCGAUUUCAGAACCGAGGACCAACAAUUAUGGUGGCACGACAUCGCACCUUUAACCAACCGCCUGCUCGACGUGGUGGGCUGCUCUACACACGAUCAGUACGAGCACCUCUGCUAUAUCUACCGAUUUGUCCUCCCCGCCCUGGGUCUAUACCCUCGCCCAGGCCUGAGCCAAAUCACCAGCGCCGUACCGGGCGGCCGCUCAUUCGAACUGAGCGUCAACUACCAAGAUGGAAAAUCAACCCUGCGCUACGACUUCGAGCCCAGCAGCUCGCUGGCAGGCACACCCCGCGACCCAUACAACCAGCUGAUGACCGCCGAGCUGAUGUCCAAACUGGCCCUGGGCGGAGCCACCAACGACUUAUACUGGUACAACCACUUCACCAACAAACUGGGCCUCACAACCCAGGAUAAAGCUGCCCUGGCAGGCCAGGAGACCGGGCUAGCCACGACGCAAUACAUGGUGGCCUGGGACCUCAAAAGCGCCUCCAACAACUCACUGAAGAUGUACCUGUUCCCGCUGCUCAAGGCGCGCGCGACGGGCUUGCCGGCAGGCCGCCUCGUGCUGGACGCUGUGGGCAGCGGAAGCGCCGAGAUCAAGGCCUCGCCUGCCUUUGCCAUGAUCGAGGAGUACCUGGUGGAGCGGGGGCUGUUGGAGAAUGUUUGUAUUUUGAGCUGGGAUUGUGAUGAGGUGGGCUCUUCGCGGUUGAAGGUCUACAUUGCUGAUCCGGAGGUGACGUUUGAGCGGAUCAGCGAUAUGUGGACUUUGGGUGGGCGGUUGAGCUCUAGUAAGAAUAAUCAGCGGGGUUUGGAGCAUCUGAGGCAGUUCUGGAGCCGGCUGGAUAUUCCGGAGGGGUCGCGGUCGACUUAUGAGCUUGGUCAGCCUGAGCAGAGCGAUGGGAGGAGCGGGUUGACUUUCAAUUGGGAGCUGAGGGCUGGUUCGGCGGAGCCGGACCCGAAGUUGUAUGUCCCUUGUAUGGGGGAGAAUGAUGGCCAGCUUGCCCGUGGCAUGGCGGCGUAUUUUAAUGAUCUGGGUUGGACUGAUCUUGCCGGUUCUUACGAGAGCAAGAUCUCAUCUGCGUUGUGA